GCUCCCGCAGCCGCCCGCCCCGCUCGCCCCUUCCCCGCCUCCCGAGGGCAGCGGCGCCCAGCCAGCCCGCCGCCGCCGGGGGUUGGAGGCUGAAGCGGGCAGAGGCAGCUCCGGCUCUUCCCGAGGAGGAGGAGGCGGCGGCGGGGACUGCAGGCAAAUGAGAAAGCAAAUCUCUUGAGACAUAAGCAGUGGUACUUCCCUGGAGGGAGGAGAUGGGGAUUCUCCUGUUGCUCUGAGUGUUGCCAGGUGCCAGAAGUGGUCCCCAGUGGUGGUGGACAGUUAUUCUGAGUGACGGCCCUUGCACACGCUUCUGAGUGGUUAUCAUGGGCUUCAUUGCCUUCCUGAAGACCCAGUUCAUAGUUCACCUCCUCAUUGGGUUCGUCUUUGUUGUCAGUGGACUGAUCAUUAACUUCAUCCAACUAUGCACGCUGCUCCUCUGGCCCAUCAACAAGCAGCUCUAUCGCCGAGUAAACUGUCGCCUUGCCUAUUCCCUAUGGAGCCAGUUGGUAAUGCUGCUGGAAUGGUGGUCAGGCACAGAGUGCACCCUGUUCUCAGACGAGGCCACGGUGAAAACCUUUGGGAAGGAACAUGUCAUCAUCAUCCUGAACCACAACUUUGAGAUCGACUUCCUGUGCGGCUGGACGAUGACGGAGCGCUUUGGAGUGCUGGGGAGUUCCAAAGUUCUUGCGAAGAGAGAGCUGCUCUAUGUGCCCCUAAUCGGCUGGACGUGGUACUUCCUUGAGAUUGUUUUCUGCAAAAGGAAAUGGGAAGAGGACAGAGAUACAGUCAUUGAGGGAUUGAAACGUUUGUCUGAUUAUCCUGAAUAUAUGUGGUUUCUGCUGUACUGUGAAGGAACUCGUUUCACAGAGACCAAGCACCGCAUCAGUAUGGAAGUAGCUGAAUCCAAGGGGUUGCCUAAACUGAAAUACCACCUGUUGCCCAGAACCAAAGGUUUCACCACUGCUGUCCAGUGUCUCAGGGGAACAGUUUCAGCAGUGUAUGAUGUAACACUAAAUUUCAGAGGAAACAAGAACCCAUCUUUAUUAGGAAUUCUUUAUGGAAAGAAAUAUGAAGCAGAUAUGUGUGUAAGGAGAUUUCCUCUGGAAGAUAUCCCUCAAGAUGAAAAGGAAGCUGCAAACUGGCUUCAUAAGCUUUACCAGGAAAAGGAUGCUUUGCAAGAGAUGUAUAAUCAGGAAGGUAUAUUUCCUGGCAAGCAGUUUAAACCUCCUAGGAGACCAUGGACUCUCCUAAACUUCCUUUUUUGGGCCACAGUUCUCCUCUCUCCUCUCUUCACAUUUGGCUUUGGAGUUUUUGCAAGUGGAUCACCUCUCCUUAUCCUUGCAUUCCUGGGACUUGUAGGAGCAGCUUCCUUUGGAGUUCGUAGACUGAUAGGAGUAACUGAAAUAGAAAAAGGCUCCAGCUAUGGCAACCAGGAAUUCAAGAAAAAGGAAUAACUGACGGCUGCAGAUCAGCAUCUAUAACCAGACUAUGGUAUCCGAUUAACUUCAGUUAAAAAAACAACAACAAACACUUAGAAACUAUCUUUUUCUUAAUAACUGAUGACUAAUAUUAAUGAAUAAAACUUGAGCCAAGAAUGAAGAAGGUGGAGGCAUCGACUGAAGAGAAUGCACCAACCUUCUGCCUGUUCAAGGAUUACUGUAGUCAAGCUGUGGGAGAAAAUCUGGGGUGGGGUGGAAGAAGAAACUAAUUUUUCUUGCUUUGUUGGGGGACUUGGGGUGGGGGAGAAAAGAGGGCAUUGGCCAUGGCCACGUGUAUCUUCAGAUGACUGAAAACUGGUUUCUGUCAAGAGCACUACACUCACUUUUACAACAGGAGCCAUUGAAUGUUUCCUCUUGCUAAAGCCAACAUAACAUUUAUUGAUUUUCAACUUCUCUUACUAAUGAGCCAGGAAAAAACACCCUCCUUAAAUGAAUUGACAGGUGUUCAUUGGGUUAGAGUCUUUUUGGCUGUGUUGUCAUGGCUACAGAUGAAAUCCUGUUUGUAUGUUACACUGACACUUUUUAUUUUCAGGCA